UCAAUCUUUGGGAUGUUCCUCUACCUUUAUACAUUCUUGUUUUUCUAUCAGCUUCAUACCAAGGCAGGAAACACUCUUUGCCGAAUAAUGGGAGAUCCACAGUAUCCGCUGCUUUCUAAGGAUGGAGACAUAACAAUUGGAGGCCUCUUUCCAGUCCACAGCAUAGAAUCAUUACCUUCAUUUGAGUUUACAAAGAAACCUCAGCUUAUAUCAUGCUCCAGUGUGUAUCUGAGAGAUUUUCGACUGGCACAAAUCAUGAUAUUUGCCAUUGAGGAGAUUAACAGAAGUGAAAGCUUGCUCCCAAAUGUCUCUGUUGGCUAUAGAAUCUAUGAUACCUGUGGAUCAAGACUGUCUACUAUGAGUGCAACUAUGGGACUGAUGAAUGGUCAGGAGUUUGGUGCAGGAUACAGAUGCAGUGGCCAGUCUCCUUUACAUGCUAUAAUAGGCGAAUCAGAGUCUUCUCCAACAGUGAUUCUGUCCAGAACUACGGGACCUUUUAAAAUUCCAGUGAUAAGUCACUCAGCCUCAUGUGACUGUCUCAGUAAUAGGAAAGAUUACCCUUCAGUCUUCAGGACAAUGGCUAGUGAUUACCACCAGAGCAGAGCACUGGCAUCCAUAGUCAAGGACUUAGGAUGGUCUUGGGUUGGAGCUGUAAACAGUGACAAUGAAUAUGGAAACUAUGGAAUGGCAAUAUUUUUGAAAAUAGCCCAGGAGAAGGGGAUUUGUGUAGAGUACUCUGUCAAAUUCUACCGAACAGAGCCAGAAAAACUCCAGAAAGUGGUAGACACAAUAAAAAAAAGCACAGCAAAAGUUAUUAUUGCAUUUACUUCACUUCCUGAGAUGGGCUUACUUACUGAACAGUUAAGUAUUCAGAACAUUACAGGCUUCCAAAUGAUUGGAGUGAAGUCAUGGAUAACUGUAAACAGUCUGAUUACUCCAAACAUUUUUCGGGUGCUUGGAGGGUCACUUGGGUUUGCAGUGAGAAAAAUCAACAUUGAAGGUUUUGCAGAUUAUGUUUUAAAGGAAUUCUGGAACACAGCUUUUCCAUGUUCACAAAAUGAGGGGAAUUAUUCUCAAUAUUCAUUAGACUGCAGUAGAUAUAAGGAACUACUUUCAUUAAAAAAUUACAACAAAGAUGUGCCUGAACAAAGAUAUGCAAGCUACGUCUACAAAGCAGUUUAUGCUGUGGCUCAUUCACUGCACGGUCUACUCAAGUGCACAGAAAAAGAAGGUUGUGAGGAAGGCCGGACAAUACAACCACAGCAGAUUGUUGACACUCUAAAAAAGGUAAAUUUCACCAUAAAAACAGGAGAUUAUGUGUGGUUUGACAACACUGGAGGUGCAGUAGCCCAAUAUGACAUUAUUAACUGGCAAAAGGACUCAGAUGGUGCAAUACACUUUAAAUCAGUGGGAUACUAUGAUGCCUCGCUGCCCCCUCAUCAACGCUUAGUGCUUAAUACUAAAAACAUAAUCUGGAGUGGAGGACAGCUGGAGAAACCAAGGUCUGUGUGCAGUGAAAGCUGUCCUCCAGGAACUAGGAAGGCUGCAAAAAAAGGAAGACCUAUCUGCUGUUUUGACUGUAUUCCAUGUGCAGAAGGAGAAAUCAGUAAUGAGACAGAUUCAAAUAACUGCAAGCAGUGUCCAGAAGAAUUUUGGUCUAAUGCUGAGAAAAAUAAAUGUGUGUUAAAGGCUGUAGAGUUUCUGUCUUUCUCAGAAGUUAUGGGUAUAGUUUUAGUUUUUUUUCUCACUGUUCGGACAGGAUUAACUGUGCUGGUGGCCAUCCUCUUUUACGAGAAGAAGAACACCCCCAUAAUAAAAGCCAACAACUCAGAGCUUAGUUUUCUGCUGCUCUUCUCAUUAACUUUGUGUUUCCUCUGUUCACUCACCUUCAUUGGUCGACCCACUGAAUGGUCCUGUAUGUUACGUCACUCAGUGUUUGGGAUUACUUUUGUUCUCUGUAUCUCCUGUGUUCUGGGAAAAACAAUAGUAGUGUUGAUGGCCUUUAAGGCUACACUUCCAGGAAGUGAUGUCAUGAAAUGGUUUGGACCUGCACAACAACGACUCUGUGUUCUUUCCUUUACUCUUGUACAGGUUCUUGUAUGUGUGCUUUGGCUAACAAUAUCUCCUCCAUUUGCUCACAAAAAUAUGACAUAUUAUAAGGAAAAGAUCAUUCUUGAGUGCAGUCUGGGUUCUACCAUAGGUUUCUGGGCUGUGCUCAGUUAUAUUGGACUAUUAGCUAUAUUUUGCUUCAUUCUGGCUUUUCUGGCUCGCACACUGCCUGAUAACUUCAAUGAAGCAAAAUUCAUCACAUUCAGUAUGCUCAUAUUUUGUGCUGUAUGGCUCACCUUUAUCCCAGCUUAUGUCAGUUCUCCUGGAAAAUAUACUGUAGCUGUGGAGAUAUUUGAUUUAGCCUCAAGCUUUGGCUUACUAUUCUGUAUUUUUACACCUAAAUGUUAUAUCAUCCUGUUCAAGCCUGAACAAAAUACAAAGCAAAAUAUGAUGGGAAAAACAAUGUCUAAGUCCGGGUAA